AUGGGGCAACCAAGAACAAGGUCAAGAGCCAAGGGUCUGGCGGACGAAGCUGGCAAGGAUGAUUGGGAGAGAGGAAAGUAUGAGUACAAGAUCCCUGGCAGCGCCUCCGUUAGGGUUCAGCUCUUGCCCGAGGCGAGUACCUCCUACACCUUUCUGGAGGGGGCAGAGGGCAGGGGCAGAAACCCCUCCGAGUCCUCCACGCUGCCCCCAGACGUACCAGGGGUGCUAGACUUUUUCUCCCCUAACAACUUCACCGCCUACGUCAGGAUGGACUGCGUUGAUGUCACAACCUGUCACUCCACACCAGACAUCACCCUUCAUGCCCACGCUCCGCAGCAGCUGAUGAUAGGAGAGGACCAACUAGUGCUGGAAGUGGACCUCGAAGUGAGGAACGACACAGCCUACGAGACGGUACUGGUGGUGGCCUACCCUCCUGGCCUACACUACGUUAGGGUCGCCUGGAAGACUCACUUGCCAGACUGUAGGCCCACUAAGAAGAACGAGCGGGGCCACAGCACUCUCACCUGCCGCUUCACCUUCGAACUCUAUGAUGGAGACCAGGUCACGCUGACCUUUGUGUUCAGUCAAUCACCCGUCAUCCUGUUGACGCAGAGCGAUGACCUCGACCUGACCUUUCACCUAAAAGUCAGCAGUGACAGCAAGGACCUUAACGAGGCUGACAACGUACUUGACCUUACAGUAACGAAAUCCAGUAGGGUCAACCUUUUAGUUGAUAGGUAAGUA